GGAGUGCUGGAAGAGGGACAAGAAAUUGCUGUAAAGAGACUGUCAAGGACUUCCAUGCAAGGACUUGAUGAAUACAAGAACGAAGUUAUCUAUAUUGCCAAGCUUCAGCACCGAAAUCUUGUGAGACUUUUGGGUUGCUGCAUUCAAGGAGAAGAAAAGAUGUUGAUCUAUGAAUACAUGCCUAACAAAAGCCUGGACUCAUACAUAUUUGAUAAAACAAAGAGCAAAUUACUUGAUUGGCCAAAACGGUUUGAUAUCAUAAACGGAAUUGCUCGCGGCUUGUUAUAUCUUCAUCAAGAUUCUCGACUACGAAUUAUCCAUAGAGAUCUUAAAGCAAGCAAUAUUUUGCUAGAUACAGAUAUGAAUCCUAAGAUAUCAGACUUUGGCAUGGCUAGAAGUGUUGCAGGAAAUGAGAUGGGAGCACAAACACGCAAUGUGGUUGGGACACAUGGCUACAUGUCGCCAGAAUAUGCAAUAGAUGGGAUCUUCUCAGUAAAAUCAGAUGUGUUUAGCUUUGGCGUGCUGGUGUUAGAGAUUGUGAGUGGCAAGAGAAAUAGAGGAUUUGUCCAUCAGGAUCACAACCUUAACCUUCUCGGUCAU